AGAGAGAGUGCGGUGCAGACACCGGCUUGACUGUGCUACUGAGACAUUUCUUCAUGGUAUCUGAGAAAUGUUCCUGUUGAAGGGAAAUUGUUCAUCUUCUGUCUUCUGUAGAGAAGCACGGUUUGCCCCGGUGUGCCUGCAGGGAUUUGGGCUCAUUCACUGACUGCCGGCAUUUCUGACCCCUCUCCAUUUCUGGACCCUCCCCCACACUGCCCUCUGACUCACCUGAGAAAAGACAGCAGAAGACCUGCAGAUCCCUCCCCUCAGAAUAGUGCUCAUUUACCUGGAGAGAGAAAGAGAGAGAGGACGUACGAGAUACAGGAUGGACAACAGCUAUGCUCUCUAUCACACUGCGCUUUCAGCUUAACUCACUUCUGGUUUGGAGAAGAGACGCAGAGAGGAGCGCGAAGACCAACUUCUGCUCCCCUGGAUUAGAAUUCACGGAGAGCUGGUCCUGAUCGCAGGAGCGAGGCUUAAGGAUGAUCUUAGGAAGCAUCAACCGAGCGGGGCCUGUCCCUACAUUUCUGCGGACCCCCACCGUCAUCCAGCCUCAUCUGGAUAUGAAGCCCUUCCUGCAGUUCCCAAUGGAGACUCCUCCGCACAGCGUUGGGCUCUUCCACAACUUCAAUGCGAUGGAUCCUGUUCAGAAGGCAGUGAUCAACCACACCUUUGGAGUCCCAUUGGUGAAGACCAAACGGCCAAUCAUUUCUUGCAAUGUCUGCCAGAUCCGCUUCAACUCUGAGAGUCAGGCAGAAGCUCAUUACAAGGGGAAUCGUCAUGCUAGGAGAGUGAAGGGCAUUGAGACCUCCAAGAGACCCGCAAGAGACACGCAAGAGAAUGACAAAACUCCUCCUGGCCCUGUCUCUUGCCCUUCACCUACCGGAGCCUUGCCGACCAUCCCAGACACUGACCCCAGCAAAACAGAUGAGACACGGCCAGAGCCACAGUUAAAUGGACCCGCGGUGGCCCCGGGGUCCAUGACAGUUUCCAAUCCACCAACCCCAGAGUCCCCUGGUCCUUCUGCCUGUCCCCUUCUGCCCACCCCUACUACACCACAACCACCUCCGGCCAACUCUUCGUCCCCCAGCUGUGGCUCUUCAAACCCAGAGCAGGCAGGCACCGGGGCCCCUGGGGCUCCAUCAGUCACUCCCAGCAACCCUGAGACCGAAGAGGACAAAGCCAAGAAGCUGCUUUACUGCUCACUGUGCAAAGUGGCCGUCAAUUCACUCUCCCAGCUGGAGGCCCACAAUAAAGGCACUAAACACAAAACCAUUCUGGAGGCCCGCAGUGGACUGGGCCCCAUUAAGUCGUACCCACGAAUAGGUCCGAAGCCCAGCGGGGAGCAAGGAGGCGGAGACACAGACCCCAAUACUCAGGAACGCACCUUCCACUGUGAGAUCUGCAAUGUGCGGGUCAACUCAGAACUGCAGCUUAAACAGCACAUAUCAAGUCGAAGGCAUCGGGACGGCGUUGCAGGAAAGCCAAACCCUCUCCUGAGCCGACACAAGAAGCAUAGGGGAGCUGACCUUGCGGAUCUCACCAAAGCAUUAGGCGCCGGCCUCCUGCCAAGUCCCCUAGCUGUUGCUGCAGCGAUGGCAGCAGCCGCCUCCUCUAAUCCACUGGCUCUCAGAGCAGCAGCCCCCGCCCCCCAUCCGCAUCAUCACCUCCUACAGCCUCCGCAUCUCAGCCAUGCCAUCUUAAGACCAGCUCCAGGGCCUAUUCGCACCUCACACGGGCCAAUCCUGUUUUCACCGUACUGACUCCGCCCUCACCCCCCUUAGCCAAUCACAGCCAGUCCGGAGCCUCACCUCCUAAAGCACACUGUGAAGACGACAAAAAAAUAUAGCGAAACACCACAGCAACGACAAGAAUCGGCUCAUCAACAAUAACGUCAAUCAUCAAAGCAAGCAGAAGGGGGCGCAAAUUGAGAGCAACCAAGAAGGAGGGUGUGACUGGCGUUCCAACCCUCUUUCCAUCACCCUUAACUGCCUCCUCCAUCAGUGUGCGUUCGUUUGGAUCGAGUGAUUAGUUCAUCGGUGGAUAAAUGGACAAAUGGAAGGACUGCUGGAAUAGAGCAAUAUUGUAUGCUGAGUGCAUCUGACGUCCUUGUUCCUUCCCACUAUUUAUACUCAUACUGUGAGGUAGCAGCAGUCCUGUCGUAGCCAGACAUGCUGGAUUGAGUUACGAAACUUUCUAGAGACCCCAAAAAACACACGGUUAAAUGUUUCUGUACCUGUUGUUCUGAAUCAAUACACCCUCGACCCUAUGCACCUUGAGAAACCGUGUUACAUCAGUAAGCUUCUCGUAGUAUUUGCUGUAUUCAACGUGUCCUGUCUGGCUUUGGCGUCUCUGCAAGAAGAAAUGACCACAGUCUCAAUUGCAGUUCCACCAUGUCAAGACUUAGAUCAGGGGAUUGUGGGAAAGCUGCCCGAAUCUUUCCGAUUGCUGGCUCGCAUUGAGUAUGAGAAGCUCAGAUGGUGUUGUCGUAAAGCUGACUUCACACAGUAGCAUCUCUCUAGAGAAAUGGAAAGAUGCAGAAGAGAUACUCGAGAUCGCUUUUAAAUCCGUUAACACAAGGAGCAACCGUCUGAAAAACCCCAGACCCCUGUCUUAGAUCUUAGAAAAAUCAGUAGACGUCUAUUUAUUCUAUUGUGUAGCGUAGUUUAGUCCAGUACAUCCAAGCUGGUUGACUUCUGAAAAUUUUCCGAAGUGAAAUAUGUACGUAGAGGAUGAUGUAACUGCUGGUAGAUGCUGAAAUAAGACGGACGGGUUCUUUGAUUCUCAGAGAAAGGCAACAAACCUAAGCACACACUUGGACUAACAGUAUAUACAGGCUCCUCUGUUCAUUCUAUCUCUGUAUGUUCGGUGGACAUUAUGCAACCCCAAGCAAUACGCCUCCUCCCCCUUCUGUCCAACUUCUGCGUUCAGUGUCACAAGACGCCUGCAUCCUGACAAAAAAACUGACACCGCAGGUCAGCUACUCCAGCGGACACAUAAGAGCGAAAUGACGAAAGCGAAGACGCAGAGGAGGUCAGAGGACAUGACUGUGCAAUCUCCCCUUUUUUGGUAUGAACUUCCUGUCUUGAAUCUAAAGCCAUGCAAUGCAUAUUAUUAUUUUAGUUUUUUUAUUAUGAUCAAUUGUUGUUUUUUUUGUUUGUUUUCAUAGCACACGGUUUUGUUGAACAAAUAUUGUUGUGAAAAUUCUGACGAAAAAAAAGAAAAAAUGAGAACAAAAUGAAAAAACAAGAAUAUUUUUCUAUGGAAGAUUGAAAACCUGCACUCGGGUGGGAUUGAAAUGCGUCCUAUAUGUUGUGGAAAAUACAUCUGGAGGAAGUGGAGUUCACAAAUGGAUAAACAUCAAACUAAGGCCUGCCGUGUUGGUGGUCUUCCAUUGACUAGCAAAGUGCGACGAUGUCUUACUGUUGUUUGGAUAUUGCAAUGCAAUAAGCAAUUGAAUUAUGUCAUUUGUUGUAGAAGAGCAUUUCUAAAUGGUUCUGUAUGGCUGCUAAUAGGCCUCCAUGUUCUUCCACAGAGAAACAGUAAAUUAGCCUUUUCAGUACAAAAAGCUGGGAGUUUAAAAGCAAGAAAGGGACACCCAUGGGGACAGACCCUUCAUAUUAAAGGGUCUUCUCUCAUCUCGGAGCGAGGGACAGGGUACAGUAUAUCUGAACGCAAACAAUGUGUAGUCAGCCAUAGCCUUUGCGUAUGUAGCUUAGUUCACAUUUUUGUUUGUUUGUGGCAUUGUUUGCAUUGUGUGGGAAACGUCAUGGUAAUGCCAUUACUUCAUGCUAACCGUUGUUAGCAUCCACCAUUGUGCUUUGAUGGAACUUUACCUCUAUUUCUCAUUAGUUAUCAAGGCACUAGUAAGGGUGCUGUAAUUUCAUGUCAGUGUGUAUCGUGUCGUGUCAUGUGCAUAUAGCGUCCAAUACUUAUGAUGAGAAGAAUCUGCCUUGAAGGGAUCGACUUUACCAUAAAAACAGAAAACUUCUGUCAUUUGCUCACUCUCUGUGUCAUUACAAAGCUUUUUUAUGCAGCUAUUACACAUUAUAAAAAUAAAAUAAGUCACAGUACAACAAAAAUGGACCUCACAAAAUGAUGAAAAAUACAGAUGUGCAACAUAUCAAACUGAAAUCAUAUUGCUGAGUUUAUGUACUAGAGGUACAUAUCAAUUUAUAAGAGACACACUUUCAUGGCAAUUAUUGAGAACUGAAGGCUAAUUUACACAGAUUAGCAAAUUUCUGUAAGAUCUGGUUAUGGCUGUAGCUUCAUGCAUCUUUCCUUCAAAAAGAAAAUAUUACAUUUUAAUAAAAUAAUAAAUAAAAAUCCUGCAAAACUCCACCAUCAUAUGGGAAAUAUUUUUUUCUGCCCAAAUUUAGCUGUUAAAUGUUUAAAAACCAGACAAAUUAAUAUUCAACAAAAUCAUAUGAUCUCAAAGCUUAUAACAGAUCUGUCUUUUUAACCCUCACCUUCCUACAUGCUUUUCAGCUUUUCCUUUUAAAUUCUUUUUGUCUAAACUAGGCAUGAGCCAGUAUAAGAUUGAACACAAUAUAUUUUAUUUUAAGAAACACUUUCAAUAUUUUGGAACAGUAAACAUGUCAAUCUAAAGUUUCAUUCAUUUUCUUUUCGGCUUAGUCCCUCUAUUAAUCAGGGGUUGCCAAAGCGGAAUGAACCAACAACUUAUCCAGCAUAUGUUUUACACAUCGAAUGCCCUUCCAGUCGCAACCCAACACCGGGAAACACCCAUACAUGCUUACAUUUACACUCGUACACUACGGCCAAUUUAGUUUACUCUAUUUACCUAUAGAGCAUGUCGUUGGACUGUGGGGGGGAACCGGAGCACCCGGAGGAAACCCACGCGAGUCUAAAGUUUCAAAAACUCAGAUUUCCUUCUAACUUAAAAGGGCAUCUUUGGUUAUCUAGCUUUUCUUUGGAUAUAAAGUAAGUCUCUGCACAGGUCAGGUCUAAAGCAUGCUUGGAUGCUGUUUUAUAAGCGAUUUGUUUCUCAAAUAUAUCCUGAAUCGUGGGCUGACCAGUAGCUUUUGAUGUUAAGGGUCCAUUUCUUCUGGAGAUACUGCUGCCCUAAAGUACUAAAUUAAAUAGUCAUAAAAAAAACACGUAAAAAAACAACAACUUACAAAUACCUUAAGAACGGUAUAAAAGAAAAAAAUGUAGCGAUUUUAAAACUGACUUUUCCAAAUCACAGUAAACCUUGAAACCGGUAAUCCUCCGGUGCCUAGUCUAAACCGGAACAUAUCUAUUUAUAAUAUGCACAUAUCACAUUGGGGGUUAAGGGUCUAUCAUAUUAAAAAUAUAUUUUCCUAUGAGGAACCUACUAUUGCACUUUAUUGUUUAAGACAAAAAGGGGACUUAAUGUUAAAAAAAGUUGUUUCACUCCACCCAACAAAGAUGCACGAAGUAUAAAAAGGCUGGAAAAAUCUAACGUUGCAAUAUUUUGUUAUUCUGCGAUAUACAGUUGAAGUCUUUUAAUUAUUACUUUAUAUACUUCUGAUUAUAAGCCCCCCUGAAUUAUUAGCCCAUCUUGUUUAUUUUUUUCCCCAAUUUCUGUUUAACAGAGAGAAGAUUUUUUCAACACAUUUAUAAACAUUACAGUUUUAAUAACUCAUUUCUAAUAACUGAUUUAUUUUAUCUUUGCCAUGAUGACAGUAAAUAAUAUUAGACUAGAUAUUUUCCAAGACACUUCUAUACAGCUUAAAGUGACAUUUAAAGGCUUAACUAGGUUAAUUAGGUUAACUAGGCAGGUUAGAGUAAUUGGGCAAUUUAUUGUAUAAUGAUGGUUUAUUCUGUAGACUAUCGAGAAAAAAAAUAGCUUAAAGGAGCUAAUAAUUUUGACCUUAAAAUUGUUUUUAAAAAAUUAAAAACUGCUUUUAUUCUGGCCGAAAUAAAACAGAUAAGACUUUCUCCAGAAGAAAAAAUAUUAUCAGACAUACUGUGAAAAUUUCCUUACUUUAAUAUUUAAAAAAAUAUUAAUAUUUAAAAAAAUACAAUAAAAUUCAAAAGGAGACUGAUAAUUCUGACUUCAAAUGUAUAUCGUGAUAUGACUACAGUUUCACCAGAUAUUUGGAAAGAACUGAUCGUUUUAGACCGAUUGGGAUGAUUCUGUAGAAAAGUGCAUCUGCAUGAAAUCUUAUAAACAAAUCUACAAACAUAGAUAACUACUACAGUAAAUAAAAAAAUACUAUUGAAAUAAAGUGUUUUAUCGUUUUUCCUACAAUUUUAACUGUGCAAUUUCUUAUCCCUGAAUUCUUUUAAAAAUCAUUAUACAGUCACAGGCCUCAAAAAAAACACAAACUUAAUAUAAAUAUUGCAUAUCAUGAGAUGUGACUAUUAGGAAUGAUCACAUUGCAAUAUCGAUGCUGAAACGAUAUAUUGUGCAGCCUAUAAAAAUAGUUGAUGAUUCUUGUGUGAUGUCUGUUUUCAUAUCUAAAUUUUCUGACCCAAACGUAACUGUUUUUGUCUAUAUUCUAUGACCCUCUUUACACUGAGGGUGAGUAAAUAAUGACAGAGUUUCCAUUUUUUAGGUAACCCAUACCUUUAAACUGCCCAUUUGCGAUCAGCUGUUUCUAUCCCAAACCUAAAUAUCAAAACAAUCAGUGGACAGUGAUUCCAGCUGAUUUCAGAUGAGCGUUUUGGGAGAACAACACUAUACGCACUGACACAUGCUGUAGUCUGAAACCAGGUGUUCAAUGGCCCAUUGAAAACACAUGAGGUGAUAAAGCCAUCACAGUCCACAGUCCCAUCCGUCAACACUGUAAAGACCAUGUUCAUCCUGUAGUCAGAGCAAUGUCAUCACUGUACAGAAUUGUCUUUGGUAGAUUUAUUCAACCUUUCAGGGCAGGUGUAAUGUUAGUUGGUGAAGUCUAUUUUAGCCUUAGCCUUAUUCCACCCCAGGCCUCUCCAGGAGCAGAUGCGCAAGGAGAAGCUUUGGUCAAACCUCGUCUUGCCAAUAAAGUUAUUUUUCAACUAAAUUGUCAGAUGGGAAAACAGUAUGUGUGAUGGAACGUAGCAAUAUUCAACUCAUACUGGCUACUCUUGUUUAUUGCAAUAAGGAAAUCAACCAAUAGAUGCAUAUGUGAGUAAAAUAUUAUAGAUGUAAUUUAAAUCAAACUGAAAACUAUGGAAAUACCUGGUAUCGGAGAAACUUGGAGUUACCAUGGGGAAAAAAGAGGGGGGAAAUCAAUGUCUAUAAAUCAAUAAAGAAUAUUAAAACUCA